ACUCAAUAAAAACCUGAUUGAGUACGCUAUUGACCCAACUUCAGAUUAAAGGCCCAGGCAUGGGAGAGUGCUCCUUGCACAACAUCCCCGUUUUCUCAGUUGCUGGCCCUUCCUCCCAUCCGCCUCUUUUACUCGGGCCAGUCCAUGAUCACUGCUCUCCUUCGUCAUAUCAAGCUACCCCCCCUCAGCGCUGAAGUCCCUUGCACACCAUCUCACCGGCACGUUCACCACCACCCGCGCGCAACACAAACACAAACUGCGGCCACCACAAACUGGACGGCUUCGCCAGCGCGCCCUUCCCUCGCUUGCCUUCCGGCGGGCGAUCUAACUCGUCCUGCCCCCGGUCGUCUCCUCUCUGUUCCUUGUCUGCUUGCUGCGGGCAUGGGGAUGGGGAAUAACGGGCAUCGGGGGGAUCGGGUACAGGGCGUGGUUUGCGCUGUCGUCAAUGGUCGUGGCCCCUGUCGUAGUCCGAAUUCUACAUAUUCUGGCGGAACGAGAAUUUCUUCUGGGCAAGAGAAUUGCUACACGACGAGCUGUGAAUUCGCCCGCACUCACGAGUCACAGGGCUGUCUUGGCCUGAAUUCCGUUUUCACAAGGUCAAAAAAGCAAGCCGUCUAUUGGUAUUUUGCUCGCUGAGAUUCUGGUCGGGUUUAGGUAUCAAUAACAUGCUCCCAAGCAACAGCAGCAAAAGGACGUCUCACCGCCCCUGUCUGGUACAGGGAGAAAAUCCCAGCUCACAACCCUCUCAACCUCGAAUUAUCCCUUUCCCCGAUAGGGGUGUACCUCUCGGCCAGAACCUCCUGCACACUCCUCUUCAUCCUCUCUUCUCUCCGCGCACUGUCAUACCGCUCCUGGAGCGCCCUCUCGACGUCUGACACGUGUAGUAACUUAGCAUCGAUCUUUGCCUCUGCUUUCUCUUCAGCCAGGUAAACAGCCGCCUUUGCCUUCCCUACAAGAUCUUGGG